GGUGCUUCAAACGACGCCAAGCGUCGACGACGUUGAUCCUUUACAACCCGAAUUGUCACUAACGGAAGAAAGUAUCGGGUUAUCGUACCGAAAAUUUUCAAAAGACUUGUUUUUCGAUCAAGUUUUGACUGAAACGAGUGUGUGAAACACGAGUUCGUGAUAAUAAGAUACAAUUCGUUUCAUUUGGGAGCGAACUUAAUAUUUGAGCAGAAUGAAUGAGGUGGUCUUGACGUCGGAUUAAAACGAAGAACGAACACCACGGCAUUUCCAUUGGUCUCCGUAACAGCCAUUACGGUGUUCCUUUGAGGCCAAAGGAAGACGAUGGAAUUCCAUUAGCACGCCGUCCGCAAAAACGUCAGCAACGCGAUUUACUGGAAGACGGAGAACGUUCCAGAUUCAGACCACCGUCAUCACCAUCAACAUCGUCGUCCAUCCGAAGGACGUCCGCACAACCGAAUUGUUGUGAGAAACAAAACAGAUGUCAGACAAAGUUGGAAUUCGGCCAACGUAUACGCGAACCUAAAUAAAUCGGGGGUGCAAACUUCCCAACACGAAACCCUUAAACACCCACACACACGCUAUGUUUACGUCUUUUGCGUACGUGUUCCACAGUAGAUGCGGACCGGGGCCUCAAAGUGGUCUGAAGUUUCCGCGGGCGCUGUUUUAAGACGAUACGUUCCUACGGGACGCGUUCAGAAAAAAGUUCGUCCGAAACUUUCGGCAAAAGUUGGACACGGAAGCUCGCGGAAGUGCAAAUGAAGGAGACAUGAAAUAUGGGAUGAGUUUUAGGGGAAUGUUGGGGAAAAUUUCCGUUGGGCGCGAUUGUUCGGAAUUUAUGUGCAUAUGAGACCAGGGAAACUAUCUCGUACACGGAGGGGAUUCCGAUCCGUCGGUUACUAUACGAUUGAUAAAAGCCGCAAAAGUUUCAAGUGGUACUGGAUAAACGGGAAGCUGUCGUCACAUUCCGAUAGCCCUUCAAUCACCAUUGAACGACGGUCAAAGUGAUGCUCAACCGGUCGCAGAAUUCAGACCAUGUUUACUACAUGGCCUGUAGCAUUUCUGCUGUUGAUUUAUAUCGACGUCGUUGUUUCCGGUCCCCGUUACAGUUCGCGCAUAGUUGAAAUUCAAACGGGCGCCAUACGCGGAAUUAUUCUCGAACUUAAUUCGCGCCACCUCGAACCCGUCGAAGUGUUUCGCGGAGUGCCGUACGCCGCGCCACCUAUCGGACCGUUACGUUUCGCACCACCGCAGCCGCCCCUUAAGUGGCCGGGUACGAGACUGGCGGAUACAUUCGGGACCGUCUGUCCUCAAAAAUACCCGGAUCUGAGCAACAAAACUGCCGCACUAAUGGAAAUGCCAAAGGGACGCUACAAUUUUUUGAAAAAGCUCUUGCCUCUCCUCGUUAAUCAAAGCGAAGAUUGCCUCUUUUUAAAUAUAUAUGUACCCGGAAGUGGAAACAGGGGAUUCGAGGCUCCCUACUCCGUUAUGGUCUUCGUCCAUGGUGAAAGUUUCGAAUGGGGUUCGGGUAACCCGUAUGAUGGUAGUGUACUGGCGUCUUAUGGGCACGUCAUCGUUGUUACUCUCAACUUUCGACUCGGAGUACUUGGAUUUUUACGAACGAGGCCGAUAUCAGGUGACAAGGAUCCUUACAGUGUAAAUCUUGGAAUAAAGGACGUUGCGGCAGCUUUGAAGUGGGUAAAAACAAACAUCGGAUCGUUUGGUGGGGAUCCGAAACGGAUUACGCUGGUCGGACACGAUACUGGCGCUGCAAUCGCAAAUAUUCUGCUGAUACUUCCAAACUCGAAGGGACUUUUCAAUAGAGUCAUCCUUCUAAGUGGAACAGCGUUAAGUCCGUGGGCGACUCAACACAAUUCAGAUACUAUUAGAGAAACUGUCGCAAAACAAGCAGGUUGUUUAAACUCUGAUGAAGUUUCAAUCGAUGAAGACAUUGCGCCAUGUUUAAGAUCAAGACCUUUGAAAGUUCUUCUCGACCUCGACCUCGAAAAGGUUCGAUUCAUGCCACGGAUAGGCCCGUCGCUGCCUCUCGAUCCCCAAACACCUGACCCAUCGUUCGCGAUGGAACACGCCAGUGAAAAUUUCAUCAUGUGCGACCUAAUGUUGGGAACUGUUACAACCGAAAGCUACAACGACUUUAGUGCUCAAGACAUUCAGUACGGUUUCGAAGAAGAGGAGCGAAACCGCGUUUUGCGGACUUACAUUCGAAACGCGUACGUGUACCAUUUGAACGAAAUUUUUUCCGCCGUACGCAACGAAUACACGGACUGGGAUAAACCCAUACAACAUCCCAUUAACAUUCGUGAUUCGACCAUGGAAGCUUUAAGUGACGGACACACAGUGUCGCCGCUAAUCAAAGUGGGAUAUCUUCAUGCGCGGAGAGGUGCUAAAACUUAUUUCUUCCAUUUUGGAUAUCAAACGAAGGAAAGCGAUUAUCCACAGAGACUCGGCAGUGUAAGAGGAGAGGACUUGACUUACAUCCUGGGAAUGCCAUUGGUGACUGGCGCUCCGUUUUUUCCACAAAACUUCACCAGACAGGACAUGGGUGUUGCGGAAGCCAUGCUCAAUUUUUUUAGCAAUUUUGCGAAAACAGGCGAUCCCAAUCAGCCCGGUCUCACGAAAGAAAUUCCCGAUUACGGGACGUAUAAAGAGAGGACCCGUUACAAAGGACUAGUCUGGGAUCCAUACGAAAUAGGAACCCAACUCUAUUUAAGUAUAGCUUUAAAACCGAGAAUGAAAUCUCACUAUCGAGGACAUAAAAUGGCGGUAUGGCUUAACCUCAUCCCCCAGCUACAUCAACCCGGAGACGACGAUGUCAGCAUGCGCCAUCAUCACUUUCAUGAACGAGAGCCACAUUACUAUGCUGGGCCGGUUCGUGCCGAGUCCUUUACCCGUUUGCCUCCCCUGCUGCACCCCGCGUCUAUGACCAACGUCCGUUCGUCCUCCGGGGACGUUACUGAAUGCAUUCCGAACACGACCACAAGCAGUCAGACCCUCGAGGAUCUCGAAAAGGGAGACAACGGUGACGGCGAAGAGGACGAUUCGGAAUUACUGCAACAUCUAGCCACAAGGCAUUACUACAGUUACACCACUGCCUUGGGGGUGACAGUUGGAGUUGGAUGUCUCCUGCUAGUUCUCAACUUGCUGAUCUUUGCCGGAAUUUACUACCAGAGGGAACGAGAUAGGAAACGGAAUAAGCAUAGUCGAUCUCCAAGAUCGAGUUCGUCGCCUUCAUCUGAAAGCAUUCCCAUGUCUCAUCGGCCAGUCACUCCUAUCGGAUCAUCCCGGCCGCAGUCCCCGAUCCUCAGUUCUAAAGACAAGCACGACAUGCCGCCCUGUUACACUGUCGUUCAACAGAACAAUUCCCUGUCUGCGUCGAAACAAAGCACCCUAAAAAGGCACCACCACCAGAAACCGCCACCGCCGCUCCGAACGUCAAGCAAUCCACCCGCCGGAACCGUCAAGAAAAGGGUGCAGAUCCAGGAGAUAACGGUAUAGCGACAAUUGAACGAAGGGCAUGCCGAUUACCCUUCGAGCACUGUCUACAAGAACGAAAAUUCGGCUUCGGUCGAGAGUAACUGUGAUCUAGUGUCAGUUCAGUUAUAACAGAAGUGUGAUACCGUAGUUAUAUUUUUAAAUAAUUAAAACUGGUUAUGUACGAUAAAGGCAACGCUAAGUGGAACUGACAUUAACUUGAAAAGACUAAGCCUUCGACGACCAGCAUCGUACCAAGAGGACUUCGUUAUAUCUGUAGUUCAGUAUUGGGUCUCUUCUUUCGUAGAUUAAGUCUCUUGUUCCCUGCUUCGUCAGCUCCUUUGGCAGCAUGCUUAGGAAAGGGGUGAGAGGCGUAGAAACCUUCGUUGCAUCUAUGCUAAGACUUAUUGUUAGUCAAGGAGGAGAACCAAUGCUGGACCAUGAAUAUCGAACUUUUAUCUACUAUUGUUUUGUUUACAAACUAUUAAGAUACUUUCUCCUACAUUUCUCUUAAAUUUUUCAGUUUCGGAACAGACUUAAGGGCGGUUUUUUAGUAAUCCUCUUUCCUUUCGUUUUAUUCAUUAGAAAUUACAAUCCUUAAGCAGCUAUUUUCUAAUUUCUUGUAAUUAAUUAACAAAAACUGCAAUAUUAUCAAAUUAAGAUUUAGUUUUAAUUCACUACAAAAAGAAUUGUCAAUUCAUUGCGUGGACUUUAGUUCUGAAAUUGCAAUGCGAAAUGCUAUUAGACUUAAUAAAGGCAUUCAAAACUUACAAUUAGUUCCAUAAAGCGAUGCUGUUGCCGUGAUUGGCGCUAUUUAUAUGUAGAUAGGUAAAAUCGAUAGAAGACGAUCGGAAACUGUUUCUAAAUAAAUAAAUAAAUAAAUAAA